AUGAUUCCCACGCCCCUGGAGCUCUCCUUGGGCGAGCCCUUCGAGGACGUCUCGUUUAACCCCGCGGGCACGUCCGCCUCAUCCGCGAAGAAGGCAUUGGACGACGCCGCGUCGUCGCUCGCGCGCGAUCCAGCGGUCGCCCUCGCGCCCCUCCGCUUCCUCGCCGCCAAUCGCUUCGGGAUUCCGGACCCGUGGCCGGUGGAGGCCCCGCGCUUCCUCCUCGAAGCCCUCGCGGUCGCCAACGCCACCGCCGCGUCCUCGCCGUCCCUCGCGUCGGACAUCUGGUCCCUCGCCGCCAUCCUCCUCGGAACGUGGGCGCGAUGGAGGAGCGAGCGGCACCCCGGCGGCACGUCCGAGGCGAGGGAGAUCCUCGGCGCCGUCGCUCGAACGAUUCGAGAACACGCGACGCGAGCGCACGACGGCGCGGGGCGCAAGCUCGCCAACGCACCGUUCGUCGUGAGCCAGCUGGGCGCGACGCCGGUGUUGACGCUGGCGUGCGUCGCGUCCGCGCCCCUGUGCCCGCCGGAGACCAGGGCUGGCGCGCUCAGGGACGUCGCGAGGAUCGCGGGCCUCGCCGUUAACAACGGAGGAAUCGGAACCGGAGUCGGAGGAGGAGGAGUACGCGGAGGAGGAGGAAUCGGGCCGUACCCGGGGACGCUGACGCGUCCCGAGUCGUCCGCGCAGAGGCUCGUCGCGGCUUUCGUCUACGCCGCGUCCGCCGCGGAAGAUCCCGUGCACAUAACACAGCUGUGCGCGUCGGUGUUCCCGGCGUGGAGAGGCUAUCGGGUCGGAGGAACGACCGGCUCGAACGAAAGCCCCGAGGACGCCGUCGCCUCGCAAACGUCCGGCUUGCUCCUCACGCGCGCGGUGCAGGCGACCGCGGCGACGUUCCCCGACGCCGCGGCGUCGCUCGCGGCGGUCGCGCGCGCCGUGCUCCGGGGCGAGCCGAUCGACCAGGGGGCGGGCGAGACGAGUUUGAACCUCGCGAGUUUGAAUCUCACCCUACGCCCCGACGAGUGUCGAUCGGCGGCGUCGUACGUCGCCGCGGGUUUACAGCUUGCGACGCGGCGGGGCGCGCCUCCGCCGCCCGGACGCGGAUCGCCGGACGCGUGGCAUCGCGUCGCGGACGUCGGCGCGGACGCCAUCCGCGCGUGCGUCGCGCUCGCGUCGUGUCCCGCGGGCGGCGGGAGGUGUUUCGAGCUCGCGCGCGACGUCGCCGAGGCGUGGGCCGCCGAGGGGUAUUCGAACCCGACCGAAGGCGCCGACGUCGAGGCGCGGACCGCCAGCCAGGGAGGGUUACCCCGGGACGUUGCCGCACGAGCGGCGAACGCGGCGCUCGGACGUUGGUCCAUCGCGACGUCGUGCGCGCUCGCGCUCGUCCGGUGCCAAGCGUCCGGCGCCGUCCCCCCCGACGUCGAGUGGGACGCGCUCGACGCCAUCUCGGUCGGUACCAACAGAUCGUCCGCGGCGGGCGCCUACGCGUUACUCGCGUCCGCGAGGACGAGGGCGGAUCCGGGAAGAGCGUCCGCGUCCGUCGCGGCGUGUGCGCGCGCGCCGCUCGCCAAGCGCGCGCCCGCGAUCGCGACGCUCGUCGCCGAGCGAGUCACGGAGCUUCACGCGUUGCGCGGCGGUUUCACAGCUGGCGGUUCGCCAAAAACCGGCGUCAAAUUUUCGAUUCGUUCGUUCGCGGCUCGAGCGCGAGAGCUCGCCGUCGCGGUGCACGACGCUUUCCGGGGGUUCAAAUCGAUCGCCCCGACGGCGUGGCAGCGAUCGCUCGACGCCUCCGCGACGCACCCGGCGUUCCAGGUCCCGUUCCUCACCGUGUUAGGGCUCCUUCGCGGCGUCCCUUUACUUUCAUCCGCAGAUGACGUCUCCCCGGCGCUCGCCGCCAUCGACGCCUUGGCCCGGCUGGAAUUCGCCAGGACGCCAGAUCCGAGGUACGCCACCCUCCUGCGAGACGUCGCGAACGCGUUGGCGUCCGACGACGACGUGCGGUCCGCGCGUUUGGCGCGAGCGACGUGCGAGUCGCUCUUCCCGGAUCCCGUCGCCGAGCUCGACGCCGUUUGCGGCGGGGGCGUCGCGUGGAGCGACGACGACGCGCUGGGAUCCCGGACGCACUUACUCCUGAGGCUGUUGCCGUACGCGGCGGCAAGGCUCGCGGAGGAUUCGGGGGGUGCCGACCCAACCGGGGGUGCCGAGUGGGGUGCCGAGGAAGGCGCGCGGGUGCUAGCCGCCCGGGUCCUGCCGUGCGUCGAGAGGUGCCUCGCGCACGGCCGCGACGCGCUCGUCCGAGCGGCGCACGUCGCCGCGGUGGCGAUAUUCCGUUCGCACGGCCGUUCACGCGUGACGCAAACGUGGUUCCUGAACUCGUACCUGACCCGCGCGCUGGAGAUGUACCCGCACCGAACCCCAGCGGAGCCGUUCGUCGCGGCGAUCGGCACGGUGGCGAUGCACUGCGAGCUCGGCUCGCGUCUCCCGUGUCUCGCCGCCUCCGCCGCGACGGAGCGCGCGGUCGCGUUGGACGGGAGAGGCGACGCGUCGUCGAUGGACGCGGCGUCCUCGCUCCGGAGGCUGGUGUUCGGUUUGCUCGCGUUGGUGGACCACGCCAUCGUGCCGGAGAUGGCGGCCAUCGCGGAGUCGGCGAUGAUGUCGGCGGGGCGAGGCGGGGGCAUGGACGCGGGGGCGGCGAGGGCAGCGAGGGCGAGGGCGUACGAGGACCUGGUCGCUGGCGGGGUGCUGGCGUGUUCCGAUUACGGGAGGAAAAACUCCCUCGUGCAGUGGGCGCUGCGGUGCAAGUCGAUGCUGUGA